UAUAUAUUCCAAUACAUAUGAGAAGCUUCCAACUUCCAGUGCGGUUCAUGAUUCUCUCUGUCAGGAGAGUCGAGUCAGUCUUCAUAUGUGCGUCGUUCGGUCUACUCGUCCAGUCGGCUACGUGACGGAGAAUCAUUACAAUCUAUUCGGCUACCACAAGAUGGCGACGAGGUGCGCGAAUCUAAAGCAGUGCCAAUAAAAGUAGUGUUUGAUCUAUCUUGUUUCUCGACGAUAUAAUAAGAUUAUUGGUUGCAAAACCGUCCAAGAUCCAACAAAAUGGAAAACGGAUCACAUGAGAGUAUCCUGAACGAAUCGAUUGUCCAAAACAAGGUAUCAUUCUUCAACCCGGCGGCAUAUAACUUGCCACAAUUCAAGUAUAAGCAUUUACCCCAGUCUGAAAUUAGACAUGCUUGGAGCUCAUGGAUCCGGUGGUUCGAAACCAUUAUGGCAGCUGCACAUAUUACAGAUGGUCAUGGUCGUAAGAUGCAGCUGCUUGCAAUGGGCGAUCUGGAACUGCAAAGUGCAUACUAUGGCAUACCAGGAUGCGCAGAAGAUGAUGCAGAUCCCCUGACAGAUCCUUAUGUGUCCAUCAAGGAGAAAUUGACACAGUACUUUUCACCGAAACACCAUGACACCUUUGAAAGAUUUCUGUUCUGGUCCAUGGUUCCGGAUGAUCAUGAACCAAUAGAAAAAUUUGCGCAGAGAGUACAACAGAAGGCAGAAAAGUGUUCAUUCGGCAAAUCCGAGAUAGAGAGCAGGCAAAUCGCAAUCAUGGAUAAAAUCAUCCAGUAUGCAACCGACGACCUAAGGCAAAAGCUUUUGGAGAAGGAACAGUUAGCUCUUGAUGAAGCCUUGAAGACCAUUAAUGCUUACCAAUCAGUUAGGUAUCAAGCAUCAAAGAUGAAUACUAAGCAAGGCUCUGCUUUCCAUCAACAUGAAAUGGUCAACCGACUAUAUCAAAACUCAAAAAAACCAUUGAUACCCGACAGCAAACCGAGAUGUUUACGUUGCGGUUACAUUCGCCACAGAGAAGCAGAGCAGUGUCCGGCUCUGGGAAAAACCUGUCUUCGAUGCAAUAAACCCGGUCACUUUCAAUCCGUCUGUAAAACAAAAAGCUAUACAGUCAACUCUGGAAAUUUUGAUCGCAAACGUAAGGCAGUUAUCUCGAACAACCAAGGGCCUUCUCGCCCGGCAAAAUUUAGACCGGUUUUCAACAUUGACGAGCAAAGGGAAGAAACAAAACGCGAAGAUCAUGCUGUGUAUAACGUCGGUGGCUCCGAUGAAGUAAUAACGUGCAACGUAGGAGGCGUUGACAUAAAAAUGCUCAUAGAUUCGGGGUCUAAGCAUAACCUCAUAGACGACACGACAUGGCAGCUAAUGAAGCUUCGUGAUGUGAAGAGCUUUAAUGAAAGGUUCGAUCAUGAAAAACGAUUUCUGGCAUACGGACGCGUUCCUCUUAAACUUGUAACAGUAUUCGAUGCGGAUCUGGAGGUUGAGGAUGGAGAUCGAAGGCUGAAAACAACUGCGACAUUCUAUGUCAUCGGUAAGGGUCAGCAACCCCUUUUGGGAAAAACAACUGCUCAGAAGAUCGGAGUUCUCAAAGUAGGGCUACCUAGUACACAAUACAGUUCUAUUCAUAGAAUAGAAAUGAGCAAAGAGCCUUUUCCGAAAAUGAAAGGAAUAAAACUAACCCUACCUAUCGACAGAACGAUUCCGCCGGUUAUACAACCACUUCGCCGAUGCCCAAUCCCGCUUUUGCAGCAAGUCGAAUCAAAAUUAGACGAGUUGUUGCGAUUGGACAUAAUAGAGAAAGUUAUGCGUCCAACAUCGUGGGUUUCUCCUUUAGUCCCAAUAUUAAAAGACAACGGCGAACUUCGGUUGUGUGUUGACAUGAGAAGGGCUAAUCAAGCAAUACAUCGUCUAAAUCACCCACUUCCUAUCUUCGAUGAUUUGCUUCCAAAAUUCAGAAACGCGAAAUUUUUCACCACAUUGGAUAUAAAACAAGCAUUUCAUCAAGUGGAGCUAACAGAGGAUUGUCGAGAUAUAACCACUUUUAUAACCAAUUGGGGCCUCUUCCGAUAUAAAAGACUCCUGUUUGGAGUUAACUGUGCACCGGAGUUGUUUCAAAAUUUAAUGGAGAGCAUACUCGCUGAAUGUCCGAACACAGUAGUAUUCAUCGACGAUAUAAUGACUUUCGGGUCAACGGAGGAGGAACAUGAUGCUGAGGUGAAGAAAACUUUGAAUACUCUCAAACGCUACGGAAUUCUUCUAAAUGAUCACAAAUGUAAGUUUAAACAAACGCAGACAGCGUUUUUGGGACACAUUUUGACGUCGGAGGGAAUCGCGCCUGCCGAAGAAAAAGUAAAAUCGAUUCUGCAGUUCAGGUCACCCCAAACUAAAGAGGAGUUACGGAGUUUUCUUGGUCUGGUCACCUACGUUUCCCGGUUUAUACCAAAUCUAGCAACAGUCAAUCAUCCACUGAGGGAGUUGUUGAAGCAGGAGUCAUCGUUUGAUUGGAAAUCAGUGCAUCAAGAGGCAUUUGAUCAGCUCAAGAAAAUGAUUGGAUCCGUUGAUAACUUGGGGUAUUACGACCCUAACGACCGGACUCUUUUGAUCACUGAUGCAUCUGGGGUCGGUCUGGGAGCAGUAUUGCUUCAAUUCAAGGAAAAUCGGCCAAGAGUGAUCAGUUAUGCCUCAAAAAGUCUGUCCGAAACGAAAAAAAGUAUCCGCCGAUAG